AAAACAAAUAGCACCUGAGCUGCCUCCUCUGUCGUCCCUACCUCCGUCCACCGGCACCCGGGUGCCCGUCCCCGCCAGAUUCAGCGCAAACGAGGCCGUCCUCGCCGGACCCUGCCGGAUCCGCUGCACAGGAGGCCGCCUCCCCUAGCUCGAGCACGAGCGCCGCCUGCCCGUACUCGCCCGCCACCGGACCCCCUCCCCUGAGCUCGCGCCUUCGGCGGCGCAGGAGGCCUCUCCGCGGUCUUGAGCCUCCCCUACUGACUGGUCCCUCCCCGACCUCGAGCGCCGUCGUCGUCCUCUGGCUCGUCCCUCCCCUCCGCGCACCCGACUUCCCCCUGUCCAACCAUCAUGUCAAAGGUAGAGGCUUGUGUUGAGACAGCCAAGUCAAUGGUCAUUGUUAAAGAGAUCGACGGUACUGAAUAUUGCAGUGGAUUUAUUGCAAUCACUGAAGCGAGACAGGGUACCUAUGUUGUUACCGAUGCUGAAUUUGUCAUGGACCGUAAGGACAAUUUGAUGGUUUUCUUUUCUGACAAUACUGAGCUGCCAGCCUCCUUUAUUGAGACAUACGGGCCUUUUUGUUUCCUGAAAACAAAGUUUCAUCCAGCGUGUGAGCAAAUUGAGUUGAUGGAAGCGAAUAUUACCCCCUCACCUGUGAUCAUCUUCCCUCCUUCCUCGUCAGCUAGUUUCUAUUAUCUUCCGAGUUUUGUUAUUUUGGAAUCCACAGAGUCAUAUUAUGGCAAUUUCAAAUGUGCUCGCAUUGGUGCCACUGAUCAGAUUCCUGGUUCAGGAACCUAUUUCGUGGUAAAUUGUCACUACAGCGAGAAUACCUCUGAUGGCCAUGACAGAUUAUCUACUUGUCCAGUAUAUACCUUGAGCGGAAGUGUUAUGGGCAUAAUCCUGUCAUCCGAUCCUAAGUUUACUUGGGAGAAGCUAGCAUUCUCUGCAAAGUGUGUCUCGAACUUGAUAAACUUACUCAGGACACUAUUACCUCGAAACAAGAAACAUAGAGAUGGAUAUGGCAGUUCUGGAACCAAGAAAAAGAGAGAUGGAGAUGGCAGUUCUAGAACAAAGAAAAAGAGAGAUGAAGAUGGCAGUUCUGGAAACAAGAAAAAGAGAGAUCGGGAUAGCAGUUCUCGAACCAAGAAAAAGAGGGAUGGAGAUGGCAGUUCUGAAAACAAGAAAAAGAGAGAUGGGGAUGGCAGUUCUAUGCAUGAGUCUGCUGAAAACAAGAGAAGCAAGGGUGGUGAUGGCAGUUCCAAGAAGUUGGCUGGAAAUAAGAGUAGCUCUAAUAGUAUUUCCAAGGGCAUGGAGAAUAAGGGGCCUGGCCACAAGUGCAGUUCCAAGGGCAAAAUGGGUGGAUGUGAGAUCAGUUCCAAGGUCAAGGAGUCUACUGCAAACAAGACCACGGCUGGAGACAAGGGCAAGGGGUUGGCUGCUAGCAAACGAUGAGAGCAGUAUGGAAGAAACGAGUGUGGCCCUUGUUUUUGAGAAUUACCGUGUUCUUCCUUAUGUGUAUCAUCCCAUUUGGCAUCUUAUCAUACAAAAGAUCAGCUGCAAUGACUCUGUUACAAAAUGACUUGAAGAUCACUAGAGGUUCAUGUUUGAUGAUUGAUUCUGUUACAAAAUAUCAGCAUGAUUGAUCCUUCGUAAUAACUCAUGUUGUUUUCUCCUCUCCAUCGCUCGAUCUCCGGUGGGUAGCUAAGUAGGCAAUACUCUGAUGUAAUCUUUUGGGUUUUCACUUGGGCGGUGAAAUGGGAAUGGAAAAAUAUAAUGCGGAAGCACUAAUGUUGUUCAAUUUAGUAACGUUGUAUGCAGUGAAUGCAGUCUAGCAUUAUUUUA